CAGCCUGGCCCCGGCUCGGCCGGGCCGUGCGGAGCUGUCUCUGCGCGGCGGGUGCUGAACCGCGCGGCGCGGGAGCUGCGGCCGGAGCCCUGCCGGCCUCGCCCCGGAGCCCGGAGCGGAGGGAGGCAGCGAAGGGGGCUCCGCGGGGAAUGGGGGGAGUCGGCGGCGACUCCGCGCCGCCCGCCUGAGGAGCCCGCGCACAAAGCGGCGCCGCGGCCAUGGAAGAGGAGCUGAAGUGCCCGGUGUGCGGCUCACUGUUCCGGGAGCCCAUCAUCCUGCCCUGCUCGCACAACGUCUGCCUGCCCUGCGCCCGCACCAUCGCCGUGCAGACCCCGGAGAGCGAGCAGCACCUCCCGCCCCUGCUCCACUCGCGGGGCCCCGCGCCGCUCGCCGCCGCGCCGGGAGCGGCACCCGGAGCGGGGCCGGGAGCGGCCGCGGGCUCCGCCGCCUGCCUGGACUCGGAGUGCGCGGCGGGCGGCGGCGGCAGCGGUGGGGACCACGCGGACAAGCUGAGCCUGCACAGCGAGACCGACAGCGGCUACGGCUCCUACACCCCCAGUCUGAAGUCUCCCAACGGCGUGCGGGUGCUGCCGCUGGUGCCCGCGCCUCCGGGGGCGGCGGCGGCUCCGCGGGGCGCCGGCCCCGCCAGCUCCUCCCUCACCUGCCCGCAGUGCCACCGGAGCGCGUCCCUGGACCAGCGCGGGCUCCGCGGCUUCCAGCGCAACCGGCUGCUGGAGGCCAUUGUGCAGCGCUACCAGCAGGGACGCGCCGCCGCCGCCGCCAAGUGCCAGCUGUGCGACCGCAGCCCGCCCGAGCCGGCCGCCGUGCAGUGCGAGCAGUGCGAGGUGCUGUACUGCGCCGCAUGCCAGCUCCGCUGCCAUCCGGCCCGCGGGCCCUUCGCCAAGCACCGCCUGGCCCCGCCGCCCGCACACCCGGGCGCCCCCGGCGGCGGCGGGGACGGCGGCGGCGGGAAGGGGGCGGGCGGCGCUCGCAAGCUGCCGACGUGCGCCGAGCACGACCUGGAGAACUACAGCAUGUAUUGCGUGAGCUGCCGCAGCCCCGUCUGCUACCGGUGCUUGGAAGAGGGCAAGCACAGCAAGCAUGACGUGAAGGCCCUGGGAGCUAUGUGGAAGCAGCACAAGGCACAGCUCUCUCAGGCUUUAAAUGGUGUUUCAGAUAAAGCAAAGGAAGCUAAAGAAUUUUUGGUUCAGCUGAAAAAUUUAUUGCAGCAGAUUCAGGAGAAUGGGUUGGAUUACGAAGCCUGUCUUGUCGCUCAGUGCGAUGCUCUGGUUGAUGCAUUAACACGGCAAAAGGCAAAACUGCUCACAAAGGUCACCAAAGAACGGGAGCACAAGCUGAAGGUUGUUUGGGACCAGAUAAAUCACUGUACACUGAAGCUGCGCCAGUCAACAGGGCUUAUGGAGUACUGCCUAGAGGUUAUCAAAGAAAAUGAUCCCUCUGGGUUUUUACAGAUUUCAGAUGCUUUAAUCAAGCGUGUUCAGGUAUCUCAGGAACAGUGGGUCAAGGGAGCCUUGGAGCCAAAAGUGUCUGCUGAGUUUGACUUGACUCUGGAUAGUGAACCUUUACUGCAGUCAAUUCACCAGCUGGAUUUUAUUCAGAUGAAAUGUAGGGUGCCACCCGUCCCAUUACUGCAGCUCGAGAAGUGUUGCACCAGGAACAACAGUGUGACAUUGGCCUGGAGGAUGCCACCCUUGAGCCACAACCUGGUGGAGGGUUAUAUCUUGGAACUUGAUGAUGGAGAUGGUGGCCAAUUCCGAGAAGUAUAUGUUGGCAAGGAGACACUCUGCACCAUUGACGGCCUUCAUUUCAACAGCACUUACAAUGCCAGAGUCAAAGCUUUCAACUCCUCGGGCAUUGGUCCUUACAGCAAGACUGUCAUUUUACAGACAUCGGAUGUGGCAUGGUUCACCUUUGACCCCUCCUCAGCUCACAGAGACAUAGUGUUGUCGAAUGACAACCUGACUGCCACGUGCAACAGCUACGAUGACCGGGUGGUCCUGGGCACCGCAGCCUUCUCUAAGGGCGUGCAUUACUGGGAACUGCACGUGGACCGAUACGACAACCACCCGGAUCCAGCCUUCGGCAUUGCCAGGAUUAACGUGGUCAAGGACAUGAUGCUGGGCAAGGACGACAAGGCGUGGGCCAUGUACGUGGACAACAACCGCAGCUGGUUCAUGCACUGCAACUCCCACACCAAUCGGACUGAAGGAGGAGUUUCUAAAGGUGCCACCAUUGGCGUUCUCCUGGAUCUGAACAAGCACAGCCUGACGUUUUACAUAAAUGGGCAGCAGCAGGGGCCUCCAGCAUUCGAAAACAUCGAGGGCGUCUUCAUGCCUGCCUUGAGCCUCAAUCGAAAUGUCCAGGUGACCCUACACACAGGACUGGAGGUGCCACAAUGUGUAAAACAGACCAAGUUGCCCAACAACUAAUGAAAAAAGGGGGCUAAAGCCCCUGCCUGACACUGUGCUGGAUUCUGUAAGCUUUCUCAGUGUGUUUUGGCACUUUUCAGUAAGUCAGUUAAAAAGCAUUCUCUUCCCUGACUUAAAACACUGUGCAGCAUGUUUCUCACCGAACAAUCGGCCAGUUGCAGCUAGGCCACUCCAUUUCCAAUUUAACAGCCAUAGCAAGCACAUCCACUGAACGGGCACUCAGCUGCAGAUGGGUAUCUGAACAUAUCUACUCUGCAUCACAUAUAUAUGUACACUCGUGUGCACACAAAAACUCACAUCUACAGAGCAAAAGGUUAAAUGAGUGUAUUUUCUCUCAUGGCUGGAUUUGUGCUUAAAUAUGAGGGAUGCUGGAAAAAAUGGGUGAGACUGAAGGACAAUGGAUGUUGGAGCAGUUUACCAGUAGAUGAACUGGAUUCCUUACCACCUGAAGUCCUUAAAUAAAAAAAAGCAUGUUUUGACAGCUGAGGUGGAGGUUAUGUGCUCAAGAAUUCCUGGUUGUCAAUUACAUUCAGGGGCUCAAAUGACCAUUAAUUAUUCCUCCUGGGUUUAGACUGCAGUAAACUAUAAGAUAAUGUACCCUUAGAAUUCAGUGGCAGAAUUUACCUUAUCAUCUGCAACGAGACCAAGGCUGGUUCCCAAACACUGCCAUGAAAUAGUUGAGCUCAUUUUAGUCAGCACUGUGAUACGUGCAGGAUUCAGAUACAGAAAAUAGAGAGAAAAACAUCCUUGAUACAUCUUAGUGUUUGUUAUUUAGGCAUGACUGUGGAGACACAUACAGAAGAUCUGAUUGUGGUUAUCAGCACAACUCUUGAAAGCAGGGGAGAUUCCUUUGAACUGAAUUGAUAAGAGAUUUAUUUAGAUAUGGCACAUGCAAAGUCUCCCACGUUGAGAAAUGUUGCUUUCCAGCCUUGAUCCUGAUAAACCCUGCACAGCUGUAGUUCCAAUGUAGCAUUUAGAUCUGAAGCCUUAAUUUUCUAUUAGAUUACUGUGAGCCAAUUAAUGUCUUGAUCCUAGUGAAACCUUGAGAGAGAUCAAUAGCAGUAAUGCAAAACCAGUCCCUAAGCAUUUUUCUGGAUUGGGACAUAAAAUCUUUUGCAAGACCUAACCUGUGCCUGGCACCUCCCACAAAAAUGAGCAGCCAUUUCAGGCACUGCUCAUGACAACUGGAGUCUGACUGACAGUGAUCUUUUCUCCUAGCCAUGGCACUGUCACUUGCAUGCAGUUGUCAGAAAACACACUUGUUUGCCUGUGUGCUUCGUUUCCUCUGAACCCAGUUAACCCAGUAUGCAAGUGUGUGUGUGUGUAUAGCGGCAACACGGGAAGACAAGGUGCAGCAGAAUGGGUGAGCCCAUGACAUCUUGGACUUUUGUCACUCUAACCCCUUAGAAGUGUGGUGCUGUCAAACAAGAAAAGCAUAAACUCUCAAAUCCUACCAAUUUACUAUUUCCUUUUUUUAAAUCCUGCUGCUUAUACAAAUUUUCUUCUUCAAGCAUAUGUAUACGCACACGCAUAUUAUUAACAGGCAUGUAAUCAUUGAACCUGAAAACAAAUAUUCUGACCAAAAUCCAGCUUACUGCCUUGCAUUAAAGCACAGCCACACGACAAACAGCCCAGGCCUGCCUUUGGGCAGCCUGCCAGCCCCCAGGUAUCCUGCUGCAGGUCCACUCCUGGUCUCUCUCUGGAGCACAUCACUCAGGUAGUGCUGAGUGGUGGCAAGGCUUCCCUGUGGCAGUGCAACCAGAAUCUUCCCUUGGGUCAUCCCACCCUACAGCCACUGUGGGAACGGGAAGGCAGCCCAGAACAGAAUUGGGCUAUUGCACAGACACAAAGCAGUCUGUCAUCCUGCUGCCUGUAACCAAGCAAGCAUCCUGUAGCCCACAUGGCCUGCAGAACAGCAGCACACCUUCAGCAACAUCAAGACUGAAACAGGAAAUAAGACCAAUGAUGGGACAAAAAAUAACAUAUGCUGUUAAGUGAGAAAGCAAUGUUACUUYCUUUGAAGUCUGGAAUGGAUUGUGUUAGUAAACUUUUAGACAAUGGAAUAACUGCUAUAUUCAUCUCAGUUUUGUAAAGAAUAUCAGACACCAACUGUGUUAUAAUCCUCAGUUUAAUUCAAUACCAUACGAACUCAUGCAAGAUUUUCUAAUUAGCAGGUCUGUUUUAACCUACCUCAGCUAGAAUGCUACCAGACCCCAAAUUUCCUCUUGAGUGUGCUCUUCAAUGAACCUAACAGUUGUAAUCAUAGCAUUGGCUCUGAGUAUUGCCAGUCAGAGUAGUGUAUGGGAAUAUUGUACAUAAAUUGCAUAUAGUUUUUUUUUGUAUUGGGAAACAUCCUGUGGUAGUUUUAAUAUGGGAGGCACUCCACUUGUAUUAAAAAAGACAGGACAUUGUUUGUUUUGGGACAGAACCUUUGUCUUUACUCCUAGCUUCUGUAAAGGAAACUCAAAUGAAUUUACUACUUCCCAAUCUUCUCAACCAUUGCCAGAUGUUUAAAAUUAAUUCUGAACGGGUUUUAGAAGUGUUUGCAAUACUUGAUUUUCGUUUUCAUAGUUGCUUUGGUAUCAGUUCCUGGUGUAUUAUAUCUUGGGGAGAACAGACUGAGUGACAUGUUGUUAAUUUCUAAUGAAUAUAUGGACAGUAGGUAGCAACAGUAAAUAGAGAAGCCCAGUUUUUACCCUCUACAUUCUAACAUUCACAGAAGUAGGGUAGCUACAUUAUAGUCUCCUUUAACCUAGCAAAAAUGCAAAUAAAUUAAAAGGAAUAGUUAGAAGUAGGCUACCUGCAUUAGUAAGAUUACGCUAGGUCAAAAACCAAACAAAGUGUUUGCAUGUGUCAGUUGUGUACACAAUCAAGGACUUACAUUUGGUAUGGCCUGUAGCAAUAAACCAAUUACCCACAUAGAGUGCAUUCUUAUGACUUCAGCUACAUUUUCAUAGUUUGAUUAACAGAAAAAAUGCUUAAGUAGUKAAAAUCACUGUAGAAAACUAGCAAUUCCACAUGCGAAUAUUUAUGCAGAGCAUGCAGGGGCCAUCUGAACAUAAAGCAGAGCAGAGUUUUCCCUUUGCAGAAUAGCAGUAGGUGGGGAGAAGUGGGAUGCUCCCACUACUCUGCACAGGCUGGAGGUAGUUUCCUUCUCUGCAGGCAACUUCUCCAAGGUCCAUCCCAUUAUAAACCCAGCAGUUUGCACAUUCUUCAUCUAUAGCAUCUCUUAUGCCAGUUCUUGUUUCCCUCCUUUCUUUAGGAGGGCAUCAGCCUCUAGUCCCUGCAGAAAUUUGCAGUAUGGUCCUUGCAGAAACUGUUGUUGACUGUGCAGGGAGAAUCCAGAGAGAGAAGAGCAGCAUAGAUACCCUUUGGAUGCUCUUGUUUCCUUUUGUUUCCUCAGAGUAUUUCUGCAGCUCUCUAGGACUCCAAGCUCCUCUGGCAGCUGGGCCACACAAAGCUGCCUGUCAAGAGACUCUUCAGAUGCUAGAGGCCUGCUUGCUUCUUAUAAGCAGGAGAGCAAAACCUUUUGCACUGGGAUGAAUCCCAUGCACUGUGGCACAGAGCCCACACAGUGUAGCUGUAAAUUGAAUAAAUGUUUAAAAAAAAAGCCAGAAAAACACAGAGGCCUUCCCCUUUUUAACACAAUAAAGCUUGACUUCUGCAUACACUGGUUUGGAACCUCUGAACAGCUGCAAAAUAAAUACAGCGGUCAAACUUUGUCCCGCAGAGCAACAAAAGACUCUCAGUUUUCACCUACCCCAUGAACCUUAGCCUUUUGUGAACCUUCUUCCUGACUCUUUCCUCUGCAAAUUUCCAUUAAGUUCAGUGGGAACAGACAGAAGUAGCCUGCCAUCAGGAGCACUGUCAGACUUCCCAAGGCAUGCAAUGCUAUACAAUUUCCACUUCUUUCCUUUCCCUCAUCAACUCAAAAAAAGCUCACAAGAUCUCUUAGUAAGACUUACUGUCAAUAUAAGCACACAUCUAGUUGACAAUCCCUUGCUCCUGCUGUGGAAAGGUAUGUGGUCUAAAAUAAAUGUCACUGAGGACAGUAGCAUACUGUGAUGGAAAGCAAUUUGGCUUCUAGAAACAUAGAAAAGAUAGGCAAACAGCCCUGUCACCUCCUAUACUUGCCUAUGCACUUAAGAUAUAUAGAGGAAAAUAUAUUGGACUGAGCAAAAUAAAUAAAAUAAGCAUGAGCUUACAUACAUCAGAGUUUUAGAGGAAAAGUAUUAAAUGUAAUUUAUUAUAUGCAUAAUGUUCCAUCAUGUUGUAAAUAAUAUCAUCAUAGUAUAUUGCUGUAGUUUGUUCUUGGCUGGUGAUAGAGUUCUGUGGUAGUGCUGUGUAAGUUGUUUUUUAUUUUAUUUCUUUUUUCCUCAAAGUGUAGUUAGUAAGGUGGCAGAGAGCACCCCAUACUCUGGUUUCCGAGUUGUUCUAGAGCAAGAAGAAAUGUGAGAUGCAGCUUUUCUUUCUUACAUGGUAUUUCUUAAACAAGGUAAGAGAGAGAUGAGAUUAAGACUAAGCUGCCACCACCACUGUAUGAAAAACACCAUGUCUGCAACUGCCAAAAAGAGGUAGUGCAUAUCUAGAUCACAAUUCAGAUCACCCAUUCCUGUGAGAAAGGAUGCAAAAUUCCUCAACCCUGUAACAGCAGCUUACUGCUGCCAUCUAGUAUGUCCUUUGGUCACAAAGAGAAAAAUGAGGAAGGAGUUGUUAGACCUUAUCUCAGGCCUUACCAGCUUUGCAGCAUUCAGCUUAAAUAGCAGAACUAAUAAUUUAAUUUUGAACCAGGCAAGAUAAUACAAGAACACCAAAUAUCUUGGCUAGAUCAACUUUGGAAGGGAGAUUACAGUUACAAAUCAACCACAUUGCAAACGUAAAGGGCACAUGUCACUGAAAACUACGAGGCAAAGAUGGAGAGUCUUAUUAUUUUUUUUUUUAGGAAAAAAAAUAAGCUGCUUCUAGUUUUUACUGACAAUAUUUCUGGUGAUUCCUCUGCCCAGCUCAACUGAAAGCUGCACACACCCAACCAGGUGGAGCAGCAGCCUGAAGCACAAAUCCAUCAUCAAUAAGACACACUUGGUCUUCUCAGGUGCAGAAGCCCAUAAGCAAACCUCAGAGACUAGAUGUGUGGGGCUCCUGCAUCUUUGCACAAUACAGGAGAAAGACUUGUGUGUCACUAACAGAAGCACUCAACAUUUUCCCCUUCUGUUAAAUGACCUUUCUUACAUCUGUUAUUGCAAACAGUUCCAAGCAGAAUUAAUUAAAAACUAUUUUUAAAUGCUAAUUGGAGUAUUUCUAACAUUUUCCCGUGAGGCAGUAGAUAGAAAUAUUCCUGCAUCCUGAUUGCAUUUCUUUAUGCUCCACCUCUCUUAAAUGUUGUCAAUAAAAACACUAACCGCCCUAGGUAGCAUGGUGAGAAGACAUUAUGUGAUGAAUAUUAAAGAUAAAUGCAUGAGGUAAACCUGCUGUUAUUUCUGAUUGUUAUAUGAAGCAUGAGUAACACUAAUUUAAAUGUUGGCAACCAAAAAAGUGCAAAGGAAUAAGAUAAUGGUGUUCAAUUCUGGUUAAAUGAAAGACAAGAAGUUGUUUCUAUGUUUUCUUCUGAACUACAAUGUUUUUUUUUCUUUACUGUCAUUUCCCAUAGCUUAUAUGAAUUUGGAGCUGGUGAAAUAUACAUCUCUGCUAUAUGUGUCUGUCACCAGAUCAAGAGGAAAAUACAAACUUUUUAUAAUUUUAUACCAGUAGCAAAUGUUUGUAAUUUUUGAAUUAGAAACAAACUGCUUUUUGUCUUUUGGUCCAACUAAAAUUUGGUGUAUUAUUACUAUUAUUACCCUUUUGGAAAACCUGACAUAUAAGUUUAUGCUGUUUUACAGUUUCUAAAUAAAUUC